ACCAAGCGCCGCCCCUCUCUCUCCCUGUGGUUUCCAUAACAACAGAGACGCGCCAGUCAGUGGGCAAAGAGCAGCACCAUGUCUUCCAUAGCAACCUCCGCCGCUUCCAAGAGGAAAGGGAAAAGCAGCAAAGCGGAGAGACUCCGGGCCCAGAGGGAAGAGGAGGAGAGGCAACUGCGGGAGGAGGAGGAAGCGCGACUAAUAGCGGAGCAAGUGUUGGCCGCCCAGCGUGAGAAGGAGCGCUUGGAGCGAGAGGAGAGGGAGCAGCUGGAGGCAAAGCAACUGGAAACCAGAGCGGAGGAACUGGAGGAACAUCGGCUGCUCGUAGAGGAGAAACUGGAAGCUGCAGAGAAAUGGAAGGCGGAUCAGCGCCACCGAGCAAAGUGGGACCGGUACAUGUUGUGUGAUGGGAGCCCCGACCCCACCGUACCCCAGGAAAUAAACACCUUCAUGAGUCUCUGGGAAGAUGAGAGAGAUGAAGACUUUCAGUCCAUUCUAAAGAAAAGCCGCCUGGUGCUGAGUCUGAUUGAGGAGCUGGAGUCUCUUCUGCGUGACACCCCCGUGGGGGAACUGGAAGAGACAGACGCGGCCCGGUACAAAGGGACAGUCCUGCAGCUGCAGCAGCUUCUGCCAAUGAAAUUCAACCAAGCGACAGAGCAUCUCCUGAAGAAUGCCUCGGUGCUGUCGGACAUAGAGACGGGCAACAUGCAGAAGGUGAUUAAGGACAACAAUCUCACCCUGUGCAUCUGGGCCAACCUCAACAAGAACCCCAGAUUCAAAGGCUACGAGUUUGCGGAGGAAUCCAUUGGCUUCGAGCUGCCCAAACCCCUAGCCCCCAGCGGCAUCGCAGUAAGGAUCCUCCACACCCUGUACGAUCACCUCUCCGGCCUGAGCCGCACCAGCCUCCCCAAAGUGAAGGAAAGCGAAGAUAUCGGGGUGCCAGACGCAGUCGCCCAGGAAUGGGAGGGGCAAGAGGCAAAUCCGGAGGGGGAAGAGGAGAAAACUGGGGCAGAAAGUGUUCUUGGGGCAGAUGAGGAAGUGAUGUUGGAGGAUAGAAAGAGCACAUUGAGCCCCACAUCCGCCAGGGAAGACCCCACAAGUGCCACGGACGCUCUGGAAACGGCAGAAGAGCCGGAUAAGACGGGGGGCAGCCAGUUAGGGUUCUCUCCCGAAGGCCACUCCCCCUCUCCGACGCUACUGGACGAACCAGAGGACGCCCUGGAGGACGACAUUGUGGAUUUGCGCCAGUUCACGAAUGUGGGAGGAGUCUACUAUUUUGAUGUCCUGGCUCUGCCCCCUCAGUGCAAACAAGUGAACGGCUGGACCAUGGUUCAGCUGUUGGAAGGGGGGCUGCAGACUUACCCCUACCCCCCUGAGUCGUACCCCAGUACCACUUUGGGGGUGUCCCUGCCAGAGAAAGACCUGGAUAACCUCAGUGCCCCCCCUGUUGGAGUCUUCUUUAAAGUUCCGGGUCACGUGAUAUUUUUUGAAGAACCGCAAGUUGCAAGAUGGGACCCCAAAAUUAAAAACUGGAGCACGGACGCCAUCACGCAGAAAAAGUACGACCCAGAGCGGCGAGAAUUAUCCUUCAAAAUGGACGCGUUCCACACGUUUGCCCUGUUCCAGGACGCGCAUCUGAAUAUGCCCUACGAGUACUGGGAGCUCAACCCAACCAGCACCAAUCAGGUCGCCCUGCUGAUUGUCUCCGCCUUCUCUGAGCUCCAGAUAGAAAUUAAGGAGGAUCAGUGCCGAUUGGCUUCAGUCUCUGGCGCAGACGGCGACCUCUCGCGGCUCCUGGGGAAAUGGAUGCCCCCCCUCGCCCUUAAGCGCGCCAUGCAGAGCGCCGGCCUCAACGUCUUCCCCGCCGAGGACUCCAAGAAAUACGUCAGCGUCAACAAGAAGAACGAGCGCGCGGAGAGAGCCGCCUACAAGGAAAUGGCCCUCCUGUCCCCGUCGUUUGCCUUCGGUUGGAGCAAGUGGAACCACGACUGCGGCUUUGAAAACGUCAUUGUGAAGGUCAAAGAACAGAAACCGAACCCUCAGAACCCAGAGCCCUGGGCCCUGUACAUGCUGAGCUCCCAGAGAGCCCAAAGGCUGAAGAUCUCCGAGUCCAGCGCAGAAUUUUCCGACGACCUCUAUGAGAAAAGCGAGUUCCACUCCACCCUGUAUCACAUGAUCAAGGAAUAUUCCGGGGCGGAGGCAACGGGGCGGCUCAGGGACUCCCGCCCUCUGUUUGUGGAUUGUGUGUAUCAGCUUCUGAGCAUGACCCGCAUCCUGGCUUUCUCAUAGGGAGCGACGCAUUUCACGACGCGGAACAUUUUCAUAGGGAGCGACGCAUUUCACAACGCGGAACAUUUUCAUAGGGAGCAAUGCAUUUCACGACAGGGAACAUUCUCAUAGGCAACAACACGUUUUACAACACAGAACAUUCUCCUAGGGAGCAAAGCAUUUCACAACAACAUUCUUAUAGUGAACAACGAAUUUCAUAAAACAGAACAUUUUCAGGGAGCGACACGUUUCACAACACAUAGAACAUUCUCAUAGGAAACAACGCAUUUCACAACACAACAUUGUCAUAGGGAGCAACGCAUUUCAGGACAGGGAACGUUCUCAUAGGGAGCAAUGCAUUUCACGACAGGGAACGUUCUCAUAGGGAGCGACGCAUUGCACGACAGGGAACGUUCUCAUAGGGAGCGACGCAUUUCACGACAGGGAACGUUCUCAUAGGGAGCGACGCAUUGCACGACAGGGAACGUUCUCAUAGGGAGCGACGCAUUGCACGACAGGGAACGUUCUCAUAGGGAGCGACGCAUUGCACGACAGGGAACAACACGUUUCACAACACAGAACAUUCUCCUAGGGAGCAAAGCAUUUCACAACAACAUUCUUAUAGUGAACAACGCAUUUCAUGAAACAGAACAUUUUCAGGGAGCGACACAUUUCACAACACAGAACAGUCUCAUAGGGAGCAACGCAUUUCAUGACACAGAACAUUCUCAUAGGGAGCGACGCAUUUCACGACAGGGAACGUUCUCAUAGGGAGCAACGCAUUUCACGAGACACGAACAUUCUCAUAGGGAGAAGCGCAUUUCACAACACAUGGAACAUUCUUAUAGCGAACAACGUGUUUCACGACACACGGAACAUUCUCAUAGGGAACAACGCAUUUCACGACACACGGAACAUUCUCAUAGGGAGAAGCGCAUUUCACAACACAUGGAACAUUCUCAUAGGGAACAACAAAUUUAACGACACAUGGAACAUUCUCAUAGGGAACAACACGUUUCACGACACACGGAACAUUCUCAUAGGGAGAAGCGCAUUUCACAACACAUGGAACAUUCUCAUAGGGAACAACACGUUUCACAACACACGGAACUUUAUUCAACAAUAAAUAUGGCGACACGGAGUCACAUUCAGUCGGAUACAGGAAGUGCCUCGUACUUUCCAUUCCAUUUUAUUAUUUAAAAAUAAUUAUCUCAAAGUGCUCAGAACCGGUGAUCGGAUUGGUCUAUUUUUGGGGGGGGGGGGGGGGGGCGGAGUUUUAGGCAACAUACAAAAUAGAAAUUUUUUUUCCUCUCCUGUAAAACCUUCUAUAAAAUAUUAUUAUUAAAUUAGUCCGGAAGCGAUGGAUUCUAUCACGGCCGGGGGGGUCCGACGCUCUCACACGGGGGGCUGGCCGUUGUGGUGGAGCCCGGUAUAGGGCCACAGAAACUGCUGCAGCGCCGUCCAAGAGUCUCCCGUCCCCUCCGGGGCGCCCUCCACUGGUCUCUGGAAGGACAGUCCCACGAGGAAGCUCGCCAGCGCCGCCAGCAGGAAGAACACCAUAACCGAUACCGUCGCGGUCUUGUUCAGGGACGAAACGGAAUUCUUCAGAUCGGACGCCCAGGAGCGCGCCCGGUGGUACCUGCGCCAUGACAGCAACGACAAUGAAUUAUUCCCCACGUUCUCCGGGACUAAGGGCAAAUCCCAGGGGCAAAUCCCAGGGGCAGCAUUCUGAUUGGAGGAGCCUGUGCGCAUAUAUAAUGAAGGGGCCAAUAGGGUAUAUAAAUAAAACCAACGUAGGGUUUAUA